AGUCUUGAUGGCGAUAGCGGUACAGGGCGCGGGCUGCAAUCAGGGCACCAGAGCGGCCAGGGCGGUGCGGGACAGCGGUCGGAUCCAGAAACGCGCUGGAUUCCAAUCCGCGCAUUUCACGCGAAACUGUCGACAGGCUGCACAGUUUAUGCAGACAAUCUCCAUGUCAGUACCAUCAUGUCAUCUGCCCUGCAGGAAAGGCUGAAGAGCCUCUUUGGGUCAACUGCGCUAGGAGACUGUGAAAUCAUUUUUGUUCUUGAGACCGUUGGCGAUGGUUCAAAGCGACUCGUGGUCGGCGAUAAGCUCCCUGCGCACCAGUUCGUGCUUCGCUUAUCUUCAACCUACAUCGCCGCUUCGCUGGACCGGCAUGGUGAUGCUCAACGCAAUGGCGCAGCAGAAGGGCUCCCUGGCCUGCGUGUAAGGCUGCGUAGCGCGGACGAGCUUCCCGCGGCCCGCGAUGCGCUACGCUAUUGUUACACCGGCAGUUUGGCCAGUGAGACGUUCCGUGAUCUGCUGCUGGUGCGGCGUAUCGCCGUGGAGCUGCAGAUCUCGGGCUGCGAGGAGGCAGCAGACAACCUCAUGGCGGCAUGGUUGGCAAGUGGCAAGCAGGAUGCGCUGGACCUUUACGCCUGCGACCACCUGUUCCCUGAGGACCCAGCAGCACCCGCCUUACUGCCCACACAACCUACCAACGGGGCGGCAGCAGGAGCCGCUCCGGCGCCGCCCUCCGCCGCCUCCCGCUUUGGCGCUGUGCUGGGUGCCGCCAAGCGUCAGGUGGUGGAGCACUUCAAGGAUGCGCCCACAGUACUGCGCAGUCCGGACUUGCAGCGGCAGGCGCUGGCGCUCCCCGCCCGCGGCAUGCUGGCGCUGUUGGAGUCGGAUGAGUUCGGCACAGAUGACGAGUCCAGCGUGCUGCUCCUGCUGGCGCGGUGGCUCGAAGCACGCGGCUACAGCGCCCAAGGUGGCGGCGGCAGCGGCGCAGGAGGCGGCUCGGGGGGCGGCGGCGGCGGCGUGCGCUUGCCCCCCGUCAGCAGGGAUGUGGUGGCUCAGCUGUGCCGGCAUGUGCGGCUGGUGAACCUGAGCGCCUGCUACCUGACCUUCGUGCUGCCGCGCAUUGCAUGGUUCGAGUUGGAGAAGCACGAGGUGGCGUUCCUUGUCCGCUGCGCCGCCACUGUGGCGGCGGCGCCCCACGUGGCGCGUUACGCCUCCCAGCUCCUCCCCGGCCACCUGCAGCCAACGCAGCCUCCAGUACUGCCAUCGACCGUCGGCGGCGGCGGCGGCGCAGCAGGCGGUGCAGCUGCAGGCGGUGGCGGUGAUGCUCCUGUUGUGGUGGUGGGGGGCGGCACGCAGGGCAAGAACCGGAUGUCGGAGUACUACAAGACGCUGCUGGACGCGAUGGGGGGCGUGUACGGCACCGCCACUGCGCCGUGGUAUGCCAUGCCGCGGCGCCAGGUGCUGCCGGCGGGCGGUCGGGCCGUGCGCUGGAGUAUCACGUCCGCGGACCUGCUGGUGGCGCUUCGCUCGAACCAGGCCAAGACGUACGUAGCCACCAGCCUGCAUCUGGCGGACGAGGAGGAAGGUGGCUGUGCGGCCGGGGAAGGAGACGCUGGCCGCGGCGGCGGCGGUGGCGGCGCUGCCGGCACGGCACCUGCCCGCACUGCCUCCAGCAUUGUCAUCCGCGGCAUGGAGUACAGCGUCCGGCUGCGCGUGAUGCGCGGCGGCCCGGCGGCGGCGGGCGCGUAUGUCAAGUGCAUCGCGCCGCCCCCGUUCCAGUUCCUGCCCGGCGGCCUGGCGGUGCCCAUGGCGCGCCUGGUGGUGUACCGCUGGCGAUCCGGAGUUCGAGAACACGCACAUAUGAUGGAUAUGGUGACCGAGGGCGAGGCGCUCGGCAUACACAAGUACUACGGGCAGCAGGAUGCGUUGCCGCUGCUGGCAACCGCCACGCAGACGCAGCAGCCGGCGCGGCAGCAGAUGGACCAGGACGACGCCACGCCGCACGAGGGAGCCGGCGGGGGAGCCGCUGGAGCCGGUUGCGGCGGCCGCGGGGGUGGCGGCCGGCGGCAUGCGGGUGAGCAGCAGCAGGUGUCGGAGCUGGCGGGCUGGGCGGAGUACCUGCACGGCGGCUGCGUGCAGGGCGCGCUGGUGCUGCUGCCCGGACAGCCGGCGCUCGUGUGAGCAGUAGAUAGGCUGCUUGGCGGGUAGCGGGCUAGGGGCAGAUGGACGGCGCAAUUAUUGUGUUUACGGGGGCGGGCGGCAGAAGGGCGGCGUGCUGCUGUCAUGCUGUGUUGUGAGAGCGAGAGGCAGGGAGGCGAGGUGUGACUGGGUGGAUGCGGCUAGGUGGAUGGUGUGCGUGGAGUUGUGGGGCUGCGUGAGAUCAAGGGAGCGACAGACCUACGGUGCUGGGGGGUAGAGCCGGUGCCGAUGCCGUCUGAUCCUUGGUGGGGAAACGGCUUGCAGGGCAGUGUUGCGUGCGUGCAGCCCCUUGUAACAGGUUGCCGAC